UCGGGAUCCCUGAGGGGCAUUCGUAUUUGGACACAACGGCCCUUGAGGUGAGGACCACAGCGUCGGGGGCCGAAUGUCUAGCCCUCCAAGUCCUUGUGGGGCCGUCGGCACAAGUAGUGGAGCCGGGGCCCAACGACCUGUUAUCCCAUCCCCCCGAGGGAUGUUUUUCGGUGCACAUGCUCUCGGUGGAAUUAGGGCUCAGAUUUCCGCUCCACCCGUUUGUAGUAGCGUAUUUGAAGCACGUGAAACUGGCCCCCUGCCAGCUCAAACCCAAUAGUCAUUACUACCUGGCGGGGUUCCUGGCUCUCUGCCGAAGCCGGGGGAUAGCCGCUUCACUGGACCAGUUCUUUCUCUCCUUCAACCUGUGCCGGGGAGGACACUCUCACGCCGGGGGGUAUGCCAACUUGCAGCAGGUGCCGGCCUGGAAGCUCUUCUCUGAGACCCCCUCGUCUCAUAAGGAAUGGAAAGAGAAAUUCUGCUACAUCCGGGUGGCUGAGAAUCCAUUCCCGGGGGCUCUUAACAAUCAUUUCAAGAGGCACCCGAAGGUAGGAAGUGCAGCCCUCGAUAAGGCCGGGAGGAGGCUCAUUGAGAAGCCGGAAGGUUCAGAUAAAGUGAUUGCCAUUAAGGCGGCGGCGUCGCCUGAGGAGCUAUAUUUGUUGGGCUUCCGUCGUUAUCGCCUCCCGGAGGACAAGGACGAGAAGUAUCCCCUGAUUGACCGCGGAUACCAAAACGCCGGAGGUUGUAGCCGGGGGCCCUUGUUAUUGGUACUUAGAAUUUUUCUGCAUUUUACUUGUUUCGUUUCUAACCCCUUCCGAAUUGCUGCAGGUGACAUUAUGGACGUUCAGGCCUUCGCCCGUCUGUCUAAAAAGCUGGCCAAGGUGCCAAAAAAGAAGAAGGAGGAGGGGUCCUCGAACCAACCCCUUGUUGACGAGGUCCUUAAGAAAGCCGGGGCCUCCAUGGUCCCGGAGGGUGAGGGCCACCCCAAGGGAGCCGCUGUCAUGGACACCGUUGCUGAAGCCGGGGGCUCCCAAGCUGGGGAGCUGAAGAGAAAAAAUACCGGGAAGGGCGUCAUGCCUCCGGAGAGCAAGAAGAAGAAAAAGACCGAGGGGACCAAAGAUGCCCCCCUGGUGAUCACUGAAGGGCCAUCUCCCUUCCAGGCUUCGGAAUCUAUUCCCCUGGAGGAUUUCGAUGAGGGGGCCUGGCCCCAGGAGACUGUGCAGUUCUCCUUCAAGAAGGGGACUGCGGUCAUGCAUGGCACCCUCGAUCCGAGGGAGUUCCUGAGGGGUGCCACGCCACCACUGGAUCGGUCUACCCUCGGCCGGUUCGAUGACGAGGCUCUUGAAGUCAAGGCCCUCCAGGCCUCGGUUUCUGCUAGCCUGGCUUUCGGAGAAUAUCUCCGGAGGAUGGAACAAGUUCGCCUCCGGAAGGCGGAAGACGAUAAGGCUCUUAGGAAGCUUGUUGCCAAGAAUACCGAGGCCAUCCGGAAGAUGGCUGAGCUGGAGGAGGCCCUGAGGCAGGCGGGGGAUAUGUUGGAGGCCGCUAAGGCUGAGGCUCGGGCCGAGGGCAAGGCUGAAGCGGAGAAGGCAGCUGCAGAGGCCUCAAAGAAAGCCGCUGAUGAGGCCGAGAAGGCCAAGACCGAGGCCGUGGUCAAAGCCAAAGAGGAUGCCAUUGCUGCUUUCCUUGCCGAGGGGUGGAAGUCCGACGAGCACCAGGGAUGGGUGGACUCGGUCAUCGAGCAAGGCGUUGGCGCCUGGGUGAAGGGCCCCGGGUCCGAGUGGAUGGCCCUGAGAGGCAAAGACUAUUUCGAUGGAGGCGAGUUCUUCACCCAGCGUCUGAUAUACCGGAAGCUUGCCCAGCACUUCGGCAUCCCCAAGGACGAGUUCGACCCUUCAGUAUAUGGGCUCCCUCCCCGGCAACCUGAUGUCCGAAUCCCCCUCCCGGAGGGUGAAGAGAGAGUUCAGCUUGCCGAUUCAGAGCUGAUGAGGGAGUAUGGCCUUAAUGGUGAGGAAGAUGCGGAGGACGAUGCAUCCUCUAAGCCGAGGGACGACGUAGCCGAGAAUGCUCAAGUUUAAAAUUUGUUUAAGCACAACUUGUAAUAGUUAAAUAGGCUUCCGGCCCCGGCCUCAUGUUGUAAACAGAUAUCUCUUAUACUUCAAUUAUUUAGUUUUGAAUGAAUGAUGUGCCUCCGGGCUUUUUGUAUGAAUGAAUGCCUCAUUUUUCUCCAA